CAGGGAUCCCUACAAUAUGAAUUUUAAACACAGUGUCAACCAACUGGUGCAUCACAGAGUUAGGGAAAAGUGCAGUAGAGCAUAUACAGAAUCCCAAAUUCAGGCAUCCUAGGGGAGGGCUGUGUAAGGUAAAAUAAGAACUGGGUAAAGGGCUCCAGGGCAAUUUUUGGUGUUGAAAAGCCAUCACAGCUACAUGAACAACCCAACAGCCUCAUGCCCCAGAUUUUUGGUGAGGACCCCAGUUCAAAACCUCUACCUUUCUGGUCUGCAUAAGAGCUCUUGUUUUUUCUAUCUUGUGUCCUUGUUUUCAGCUCAGAGAGCAAGUUUACUUCAUAAGUACAGCCACACUCUAGAUGGCUCUGCCAAGUCUUAGGAGCCAAAAGAUUUCUCAUAAGGAGGCCAAGAGACUAGCCCCGACGACACAGUGGCUUGAUGAGACUGCAAAUGCCACCAGGAUUAUUUGGAAAGCUUUACUAGAGACAUAAUGAAGGCUCCAGAAGCCUUGUAUCCCCUUCAGCUAGCCCCAGCCUGCUGGAGCAGCAUGCAGAAGGUCACUUUGGAUGGUGUUAAGGGCUAAUUAUUCAAGCAGGCGUGUUUUUGUAGGAAAGUAUAAAUGGCAGGGUCAGCCACAAGGACAAAAGUAGCUGAGAACCUGCAUGGCCAGAUCUGCAGGUGAACCAAGUGAGCCCCUGCUGAAGCUCCCCUGGUCUCUAGCUAUGCCAAUGGGCAAAAAUUCUGGAUUUUGGAGGCUGAGCUCCGGGAGACCCAGUUAGAACUGGAACGGAAACUCAGGUUGAAUGAGAAUGCCAUCGCCAGGCUCCAAGCGAAUCACAAAUCUGUUUUGAUGUCCGUGUCAGAGGUGAAGGUGGUGGCCGAGGAGCAGUUUGGGGAACUGCUUGCUGCCAUGAGGAAGGCCCAGGCCGACGUGAUGCUCUUCUUGGAGGAGAAGGAACAAGCGGCUCUGAGCCAGGCCAACGGCAUCAAGACUCACCUGGAGCACAGGGGCGCACAGAUGGAGAAGAGGCAGCAGGAGCUGGAGAGGAUCGCUGCCAUAAGCAACACUGUCCUGUUUCUGGAGGAGUACUGCAAGUUUACGAACAUGGAGGACAGUGCUUUCCCCAGUGUUUACAUAGGACUCAAAGAUAAGCUCUCGGGCAUCCGCAAGGUCAUCACAGACUCCACGGUGCAUUUAAUCCAGUUGCUGCAGAACUACAAGGAGAAGCUCCAGGAUUUCUCCAAGGAAGAGGAAUAUAAUAUCAGCACUCACGUGUCUGCUGUUAUCGAGCGCAAGUAUUGGACCUCAAAACCUGAACCCAGCACCAGGCAACAGUUCCUCCAAUAUGCAUGUGAUAUCUCCUUUGACCCGGACACGGCACACAGGUAUCUGAGACUGCAGGAGGACAAUCGCAAGGUCACCAACACCACGCCCUGGGAGCAUCCCUACCCGGACCUCCCCAGCAGGUUUGUGCACUGGCGACAGGUGCUGUCCCAACAGAGCCUGUACCUACGCAGGUACUAUUUUGAGGUAGAGAUCUCCGGGGCGGGCACCUAUGUUGGCCUGACCUGCAAAGGCAUUGAUCGGAAAGGGGAGGAACGCAACAGUUGCAUUUCUGGAAACAACUUCUCGUGGAGCCUCCACUGGAACGGAAAGGAGUUCACAGCCUGGCACAGUGACACGGAAACCCCGCUCAAAGCCAGCCCUUUCCGGAGGCUGGGGGUCUAUGUCGACUUUCCAGGAGGGAUCCUCUCCUUCUAUGGUGUGGAGCCUGAUGCCAUGACUCUGAUUCACAAGUUCGAGUGCCGGUUUUCAGAGCCAGUCUACCCUGCCUUCUGGCUUUCCAAGAAGGAAAAUGCCAUCCGGAUCAUGGAUCUGGGGGAGGAGCCCGAGAAGCCCAUGCCAACUUCCGUCGAGGCUGCUCCCUAGACCCCUGACUCUUGCUGACCACCAAGAUGGGGUGGCAGCUUACAUCUUAAGGGUGACUUGGAGAUGGAAACGUCUGCCAGUGGUAGCUGACUUUAGGAAUCAUGGGGGUCCCUGCACGAGGAGGGAGGUCCCUGACUUUUCCCUUUUGCUCCCUGCUGUGCUGUUCCCUAUUGUAUAGCAACCCCUAGGUACCUACACCCUGUUUCUCAUCUUCUAGUGAAAAUCUCCUGUUCGGUCUGGUGAAUGUCACACUGUGCCUGGACUCAGUGACCAGGAAUCUUCAGAUGAUCAAAAAGAUUGCAGAGCAAUCAUGCAUAACCCAUUGCAAACUCUAUUUUGCAUUUCCUAUGCCACAGACACUAUUCUGGAUGCUGCAUGGCCAUUGAUUCCACCUUCACAGCCUCCCCUUGGGGAGGAGGCUCGUAUCAUCCUCAUUUUGCAGAGGGGGUCCCUGUGGUCCGGGGAGGGGGGUUAGUUAACUUGCUCACAGUCAUUGUGCUCACACGGUGAGUAAUUGGCACAGCUGGGAUUCGAACCUGAGCAAGCUGAUGUGGAGAUUUUAACCACUACACCUUACUGCCCUCCUUAUUAGAUCAUGGGUAUUGUGUGUAAGGAAAUAAGCUACAUGAAGAACUCCUCGGUGGGGACUUCAAGCAUCUUAAACACUCAGCAUCUUUGUACGCACUCUUUCUGGCUGGGCCAUGCAGCAGGGACCUCACUACCUCACACAACAGCUCAUCCUAGUCUUGGAUAGUGAAGAUGAUAAGAAAUAUCUUAACAGAGUCCAAGUCUUCAUCCCUGUGACCUCUGGGGAGAGUCUCACCUCGAGAUGUGGACUUGUCUGAUCUCUCAUUCAGAGGUCAGUCCUUCAAAUAUUUGAAGACAAUUCUCAUGCAUAUCAUAUCCUCCAGGGAAGUAGUCUUGUUUUCACACUACAUUUCCCACUUUCCUUCAUAACUUCUGGAUCUUUUCCUAUGAAGUGUAUCAAAGCAAGUCUCUUCCUCUUCAACCAUCUGAUAGUCCUUUUUCAAGAGUACAUUUCUUUGUGUCACCUGUCUUGUUUCCAGAGACCCUAUCCUGUAUUUAUAUCCAAGGAUUUAUACACUAUAGGAUUUGAAUUUUUUAUCGGAUUUUUUUUAAAUUUGAAUUUUAUUGAGUUAAUCUUUUUUUACUUGAAUUUAAAAUUUCAUUGCAUCACUGCUGCUUGCUGAGACACUUUUGAUUCAUGAUGCUGUGUCUAAUAGAUGAACACUCCUUCCUAUCCUGGUAUCACCUACAGAGUUGGUAAACAUUUCUUCUGAAGUGUUCCUCUUGCUGAUACAUAUUGAUCAGGGUAGGGCCAGAUAUGGAAUCUGGCAGCCCCCAGUUCAUACAUUUUGGGUUUAGUUAGUAAGUUAUACUUUGGUAAAACACUAAUACAGCCCAGUUUUAAAACCCACUUUUAGCCCUUUAUCCACCAGACACCAGGAAGGACUUUUUCCAAAGGAAGUAAUCAAGACAUGUCUGGGUUUCCUUGCUCCACUUGUCUCACAAUGCUCUCAAAAGAGAAAAUGAGAUCAUGUGGCCUGCCUUGUAUUUAUUGAGCCUCUGUGGGUUAUUGGUGCUGGCUGCUUUAUUUUCUAAAUGCUUGCCAACUGCUUGAUUAAACCAUUUUAGGAUUCUGCUGUGAGUUAACAUCGAGUUGAUGAGUCUGUCGUUUCCAGAAUCUACCUUAUUUUUGUUUUUAAAAGCCAAGAGUUUUAUGUGUCCUCCAUCCUCUACUACUUUUCCUAAUUUCUUGCAUAUUAUUACUGCCUGGCUUUUGGUCACAUUGGCAAACAGUGUCCAUGUUGUGAGAUGUAAUUUAUUUAGGUCAGAGUGCCUGAGCUCUUAGAAAGGAAACUUUAGGGUGUCUCCUCGACUGACUUGAACUUCAUUUCUCUGCCAGCUCUUUUUGUUCAGUUUCAGUGUCAAUACCUCCCAUCUUGAUAUAAAAGAUCAAAGCAAAAUUGAGAGAAACAUCUACUUUCUUUCUGUUAUGGCUUCAACUGAGGGUCAUUUUUCUUUUUUUUCUUAUUUUUGGUCCCCAAACUGGAAUUGCCUAAAAUGAACAAAUUUAAAAAAAGAAUAAAACAUGAGAACAAGGUCUA